GGCGUGGGUGUGGCUAGGCGUGGGUGUGGCUAGCUAGUGACGUCACGCUUCCCCACCCAGCUGUGAAGCCUUCGUGUGUGUGUGUCUGUGUGGGCAGAGAGACACGCGGCUUGGAGAGAGAGAGAGACACGGCACACCACACACAGCACACCACACACAGCACGAGUCUGCUGGGGUUGGUGGUACGCACACACCACACCACACACGCCGGGGGAGACGGCGUUGUGUGUGUGUGUGGCUUCAGAGGCUCGCACACGGGAGAUAGGACGCGGGAGAUUUGGUGGUGUGGACAGGGAGGGUAACACGGGAGGAGAGACGAGAGAAGGGGGCAUGUGUGGUGACGCUGCCUGCUGCGGCUGAUCGGACGUCGGCCGUCGGCCGUGGAGAGAGGACGAUGAGGAGACGACGACGAGGAGGGGAAGGAGGAGGAGGAGGAGUGCUGGUGUUGGUGUCAUUCGGUGCCCUGGUCAUAGCUGCAGGGCUGGCGUGCGCCUCUCAGCUGGACCUGCCCGGGGAAGAGAUCGACUUCAUUUCGGAGCAGCUGAAGGAGCGCAGCUUGCAGGAUGCCGCGCCAGCGCCCAGGUCGGCUCCACUGGGCCCCAAUGGCCGAGGGAGCCCAAACGCCUCCGCCGUGACCUCCGCCGUGACCUCCGCCGCCCCGGGCCCCGCUGGGGUCGACAAGUGGCAAAAUUCGCACCAUGACCCUGGCACCGACACGCUCUUCCUGAUCAUACUCAUAGCCUGUGUGGUCACCGGAACAGCGGGACUCAUUCUGGCUGUGGUCUGCUGUUACUACAUGCAGCGGAGUGCGAAGAAGGCGGAGAAGGCUGGCUACCCGGCGUUCGGGGCCACGGCGGGGCAGGCCGAGCCCAGCAAGGGCCUGUCCGGGGACCGCAAGCUGGCGCAGAGUGCACAGAUGUACCACUACCAGCACCAGAAGCAGCAGAUCAUGGCCAUGGAGCGGAGUAAGGAGGCAGCCCCUCCGCUCGGCUCGGACAGUGAGGAUGAUGGAGAGGAGGAGGGAGACUUCACGGUGUACGAGUGCCCUGGCCUGGCGCCUACGGGGGAGAUGGAGGUGAGGAAUCCACUGUUCGACGACUCCACUCUGCCCGACAACAAGAAGAGUCACGAGCAGAGCAACGGCACCCACUAGGGCACUCGGAAACCACCACCACCGCAACAACCACCACAAUAACAACAACCACCACAAUAACAACAACCACCACAAUAACAACAACCACCACAAUAACAACAACCACCACAAUAACAACAACCACCACAGUAACAA